AUGAAGGGCUUAGGAGAUAACAGAAGCCGCCACCUCUCCGAUAACCUGGACUCCCCUCAAGACUCUCUUUAUGCCCCCCAGGACAGGAACCCUUAUCUCCUCAGCCCCACUGACUCCUUCACCAUGGACCCCCGAUUCCCAGCCCAGAAUACCCUCCAUGGCGACUGUCUCCUUCCACUCAACAACCAGAUCUCCAACAGCAGCACUUUCCCUCGCAUCCAUUACAACUCCCACUUUGAGGUCCCAGAUGACAACCCUUUUCCAAGCCAUGCCCAAGCCACUAAAAUCAACCGCCUGCCUGCAAACCUUCUUGACCAGUUUGAGAAGCAGCUGCCCAUCCACAGAGACGGCUUCAGCACCCUGCAGUUUCAGAGGAGCGAUGCGAAACACCGGAGCGAGAGCCCUGGGCGCAUCCGGCACCUUGUCCACUCUGUCCAGAAGCUAUUCGCCAAGUCCCAGUCUCUGGAGGGCCCCACCAAAGGCAACGUGAAUGGCAAGAAGGGGGCAGAUGACCCCAAGCAAAACCGGAGGAGCAAGAGCAAAGACCGAGCGAAGACCUCCGAGCCCAAGCGCAGGACCAGAUCCAACAUAUCAGGCUGGUGGAGCUCAGAUGACAACUUAGACAGCGAUACCUGCAGCUACCGCAACCCAAUGGGCCUCAUGACACUGGGCCGGCAGCCGGACCACAGCCAGCCGAAGUAUUUCAUGCACGCUUACAAUACCAUCAGCGAGCACAUGCUGAAAUCCUCCAAGAGCAAUAAUGACCUCAAGGUCACCCCUUGCACCAAUAUCCCCAUCAACAAUGACUCCAACUACAUUAAGAGGGGCUCCUGGUCCACACUGACACUCAGCCAUGCCCGGGAAGUGUGCCAGAAGGCCUCCGCCACAAUCGACAAAGCCUUGCUGAAAUCCAAGUCCUGCCAUCAAGACUUGGCCUACCACUACCUGCAGCCUGACGGAGGGCUGUGGGCACAGCUGGGUGGCGUGAGCCCGGCCAGCAGCUGGGCAGCCCCACCACUCGGCUGGGAGGACACGGGUGCCGCCCUGCUGCAGCCGAGCGAGCCCCCGCGGAGGUGGGACCAGCCCCUCAGCCCUGGGCCGACCGACGCAGGCAGCGGCCAGGUGCCUCAGGGGGAGUGGAACAACACGCUGUCUCGGGACAAAGACAGCGAGAUCCCGUGCCGGCGCAUGCGGAGCGGGAGUUACAUCAAAGCCAUGGGGGAUGAUGACAGUGAAGACUCAGAAACCAGCCCCAAACCAUCCCCGAAAACUGCAGCUCGGAGGCAGAGUUACCUCAAGGCCACCCAACAGUCCCUGAGUGAGCAGAGCACCACCCAAAGGAGCCUGGACCGCCUGGACUCUGUCGAGAUCCUCCUACCUCCGAAGUUCCCAACCUGGGAGGAAGAAUACAACCAGAUCUCCGACAGCGUCAACGAGUCCAGUUGCAUCAACCAGAUCUUUGGAACCCCCUCACUUAUCCCUCAGAUAUUUACCCAUGGAGAGCAGGUGCCAGAGCCGGAGCUGGGGGAGCAGUACGAGGCGGUCUGCGACUCUACCUACAGCGAGGCCGAGUCAGCCACUGCGGAGGUGCUGGACCUGCCUCUGCCCAGCUACUUCCGCUCCCGGAGCCACAGCUACCUCCGAGCCAUCCAGGCGGGCUGCUCCCAGGAAGAGGACACGGGCUCCGUCCGCUCCAUCUCCCCCCCGCCGGCGGGCAGCCUCAGCGGCAGCAGGACCCUGCCCACAAACAGUUCAUCAUGCCUAGUGGCAUAUAAAAAGACUCCACCUCCUGUCCCACCUCGGACCACGUCAAAGCCGUUCAUCUCUGUCACUGUGCAGAGCAGCACUGAAUCGGCGCAGGACACCUACUUGGACAGCCAGGACCACAAGAGUGAGGUCACCAGCCAGUCGGGACUCAGCAAUUCUUCGGACAGCUUGGACAGCACCAGGACACCCAGUGUCACGAGGGGAAGCAUCGUGACUCCAGCAAGAGAGACUCCAGAGUUACCCCAGAAAAAUGCAACUUUGAAAAGUGACAAAGGGACUCUGACUAGCGAAGAGCCUAAAGUGGAGAAUAUCCCCAAAAGAAAGCUGUCGUCUAUAGGAAUACAAGUUGACUGCCUUCAGCCAGUGGCAAAAGAGGAGCCUCCUCCACCAGCCACCAAAUUCCAGUCCAUCGGGGUACAGGUAGAGGACGAGUGGCGAAACAGCCACUCUCGCAGCAUGUCCUCCAAACAGGACACAGACUCUGACACACAGGAACUUAAUAACUCUAGCUGUAAAUCAUCUGAGAGAAGCCUCGCUGAGUGCCCCCAACACAACAACUCCGUUGGUGUUGAUGCCGCUACCAGGCAACCAGCCAAGCCCUCACAGAUUAAGAGAAACCUCUCCUAUGGAGAAAACAAUGACCCAGCCCUGGAGCCUUCUUCUCUCCCUCCUCCUGACCCCUGGCUUGAGACGUCCUCCACCUCACCGUCAGAACCCACGCAGCCAGGAGCCUGCCGGCGGGAUGGGUACUGGUUUCUGAAGCUGCUGCAGGCAGAAACAGAGCGGUUAGAAGGCUGGUGCCGCCAGAUGGACCAGGAGACCAAAGAGAACAAUCUCUCUGAAGAAGUCUUAGGAAAAGUCCUGAGUGCAGUGGGCAGUGCACAGUUACUAAUGUCACAGAAGUUCCAGCAAUUCCACGGCCUCUGUGAACAAAACUUGAACCCUAAUGCCAAUCCCAGACCCACAGCCCAGGACCUAGCUGGGUUUUGGGAUCUCCUGCAGUUGUCCAUUGAAGACAUCAGCAUGAAGUUUGAUGAGCUGUACCACCUGAAAGCUAAUAGCUGGCAAUUGGCAGAGACACCGGAGAGAAAGGAAGAGAAGAAACCACCCCCUCCAGUGCCAAAGAAGCCAGCCAAGUCCAAAUCCCAACUGAACCGGGACAAAGCCUCUGAUUCAGACAAGCAGCGCCAGGAAGCUCGCAAGCGUCUUAUGGCUGCCAAGCGGGCUGCCUCUGUCCGGCAAAACUCGGCCACGGAGAGCGCAGAUAGCAUCGAGAUCUACGUACCCGAGGCACAGACCCGCCUUUGAGCAAAGGGGCAGAGGAAGGAACCGCAUGGUUUUUAUAAGUCAUUAAAAAGGAAAAAAAAAGGUUCUCUCUAAACUAGUGUGAUUUAUUCAGUCUAGAGACAAUGAGCCAUCCUUGAAAAGGGCUCCUGAGUUGGCUUUUUUCUCUCAGCUUUAAGUAAUGAAGGAUUUAA